AUGGGUGUGUCACCACAUCAAACAACAGAGCACCACCACCGAGCUUCACUCAAGCAGUCCAACAAGUCGUUCAAGUCCAAGCACUCGACCAAGUCGGCGCUCAAGGACGCCGCCAAGGGCCGAACCCAUCGCCCUUCGAGCUCGUCCUCGUCGCACAAGACGGGCAAGACCAACGCCAACCUGUCAGCGUCGCAACACAAGCUCAACCGGAGGAACCAUGCCAAGCAGGUACAGGACAAGAAGCGUCACGCCCUCGAUGCGACCGCGCAGCUCUUCGUAGGACCCGACAGGGCUCAGAGGAUCGUCGCGGUCGUGCCCAUGUCCGAGGACGUCGAUCCGUUGGCCAUAGUCGAACUCUUGGCUGCCACCAUCAACGUCGAGGUCCAUGGUCAGGAUGGGUACCGUAGCCUGGACGUGGUCAAGUUUCACAAUCAAUCCCUGCGCUUCCUCUUGCUCCCCGCGGCCUCGGAGGCGAGCUCCCUCUUCCCCAUCCUCGACGGCUGUUCCGCCGCUGAUUUCGUCAUUCUCGGUCUAUCCUCCUCGAUCGAAGUCAACGAGCAAGGUGAAACCAUGUUGCGAUGCCUCACCGCCACUGGCGUCGCCUCCGUUCUAGGCGUCACCCCCGAUCUGCCUAAGGAAUCGCAGCUUAUGACCUCGACCACGAGGACCAGUCUGACCUCGUUCCUCAAUCAUUUCUUCCCGACCAUCGAAAAGGUCGCCGAUCUGUCGUCCGCUUCGGAAGCAACGACGAUCGUUCGAGGGUUGUGUGAAAAGGUACCCAAGGGGGUCAAGUGGAGAGAGGCACGGCCUAGAAUUCUCGCCGAGUCGGUCCAAUUCGAGAAGGGUAGUUCAGGGUUAAAUGGCGAUGCCGAGAUGGGUGGGAUCGAAGCCGACGAACAUGUAGGGACGUUGGUCAUUGAAGGCACGGUCAGAGGAGCGAGGUUGGAUGCGAACCGAUUGGUUCACUUGCAAGGCUUUGGGGAUUUCCAAGUCGAAAAGGUGUGGAACGGAAGUACGGCUCUCGCAAGUCGGACGGAAUGCUGAUCGUCUAUUUUGAUCUCCUGCGUCGCAGAUCCUGGCAGCACCUUCGACCCGCCGGCCACGCAAGUCGAACGCCGCCGACUCGAUGGAUCUAUCGGGAGCUGGCCCAUCCGAGUUGUCGGUCCCGCAGGACGAUGAUGCCGAUUCUCUCGUCUCGACGAACGUUCCCGACAACGAAGAGCUAGGUCUGGCCGAGCAAACCUGGCCGACCGAGGAGGAUUUGGCUUCUGCGCCUGCUGCGAUUCACUCGACCUCAUCGAGGGUCGGCGAGAGUGACAUGCUUCCGCCGGCGCGAAAGGGGACCACCCCGCGCCUGAGAAAAGUACCCAAGGGUACGAGUGCUUACCAGGCCGCGUGGAUCAUCGAGGAAUCUGACGAGGAGGAUGAGGGCGCCAUGCAAGAUGACGAGGACGAGAUUGGAGAGGAACAGGAGAUCAUCGAUAUGAACGAACCCGAGGGGCAGGAAGAGGAUGAGGGGAACCCCGAUUUCGUCGAUAAUUCCGAUUUCGACGAUACGGCCAGUCAGUCGGUCGCGCCGUACGCCGAUCUUUCACCAGAGCAGGAAGAGGCGCAGUUGGCACAAUAUCUCGCCAAUCGAGCGCAGGAGAGGGCCUCGCAGAACAAGGACGACAUGGACUUCCCUGACGAGAUGGACACGCCCUUGCACAUCUCUGCGAGGGAGAGGUUCGCACGAUACAGGGGACUCAAGAGUUUCAGGACGAGCAAGUGGGAUCCCUACGAGGAGUUGCCGGUCGAGUACUCGAGGUGUUUCAUGUUUGAGGACUUUAAGAGGAUUGCCAGGAAGAUGGAGAUGAAGGCCCAGCUUGACGGUGUAGAGGUAGGUGUUCUCGCUCGUCAUUGAGUCCUUUCAGGGUACUAACAGGCUACCUCUUGCGCACAGGCCGAUACAAGAGUCAUCCUGCGGAUCAAGAACGUACCCCGUGCCGUGUUUGAAUCGUACUCUGCUCUGCGGCCAUUCGUCGUGUACGGCCUGCUCAAGCACGAGCACAAGUACUCGGUCAUGCACUUUACGGUCCAGCGCAACACAGAGUACCUCGAACCGGUGCGAUCCAAGGACUCGCUCGUGCUGCAACUCGGGCCACGACGGUUCGUCAUCAACCCCAUCUUUUCUGCGCACACGUUGAGCAAUGGUGGCAAAGGGACCAACAACGUGCACAAGUUCGAGCGGUUCUUGAGGCAUGGGAUCGACAGUCACAUUGCUACGGCCUACUUGCCCAUCACCUUUGGCAACGUUCCGGCACUGUUGCUCCGAGUGCCUUCGCAGACCUCGUCUGGAAGCGACGAACUGUCGUCGAACACACACCUGAUUGGCACAGGAUCGCUCUUGUCCGCGGAUCCCACCCGAAUCACGGCCAAGCGCAUCAUUCUGACGGGACACCCUUUCAAGGUGCACAAGAAGACGGCGACAAUCCGAUACCUCUUCUUCAACCGCACCGACGUGGAGUACUUUAAGCCGAUCCAGUUGCGCACCAAGCGCGGACGGACGGGUUAUAUUCGUGAACCUCUGGGCACGCAUGGGUAUUUCAAGGCGAGUCCAGAGACACCAGGAUUCUCCUUUCGAUUCCAGGUGGCUGAUGGUGUGGCUUGACUGUUCUCGCAGGCUGGCUUUGAUGGCCCGAUCGACCAGAUGGACCAAAUUUGCUUGACGCUCUACAAGCGCUGCUACCCCAAGUGGACAACACAGUACUACAAGGCGAUCGAGUAG